UCGUUGUUAACCCUCUAAGAGAUUCAUCUUUCAUCUUUGAGAUUCAGAGAUUUAGAUCGGUCUCAGUGAUUUCAUCUCAAAGCGAUUUCAAUUUCGAAGCUCCAGAGCGGUGUUUCUCUUUCUCUCUCCCUAGAUCUCUCUCUAUCAACCCUCUCAAAGUUUCAUCUCUGAGAUUCAGAGAUUCAGUCGGUCUCAGUGAUUUCAUCUCAGAGCAAUUUCGAUUUCGAAGCGCCAGAGCAGUCUCUCUCUCUCUAGAUCUCUCUCUCUGUCAACCCUCUCAGAGAUUCGUCUUUGAGAUUCAAAGAUUCAGAGAUCAGUCUCAGUGAUUUCAUCUCAAAGCGAUUUCGAUUUUGAAGUUCUCUCUCUUGAUUUCGAAGCUCCAGCGAGGUAUCGAUUUCUCUCUCUCUCAAGCUCUUCCUUCCCGUCUCUCUCGAUUUGGUAUUUAUUUUCUUGGAAAACCUAUUCAAUUUCUUCUUUUGUUUGCUUUGUCAUUCUUCCUUAAUAUGUUGUGUUUUUGUUUUGAGAAAAUGCCAAAUGUGCUUGUGAUUAUGACAUUUGUUGGAUUUGAGAUCAUUUGUUGGAUUUGUUGGAUUUGAGAUCAUUUUUGGACUUAGUUGAUUAUUUAGUUUUCUCAGAUGGUGAUCACAAUGGCGGACGUUCUACUCAUUCUGCUCAUCUUGUUGAGGAAAAGUUGUCUGGCUCUUUCUCUAUGAAAUAAACAAGCUAGUGGAUAUUGCUCGAUCUGUAGCCAAUGUAAACACUAACGACUACAGUGCCUUGGAGUAUUUGUUUGACCGUCUAGAAAACCUAAAAAAAAAAAGUAAUUUAGUUGCCAAUAACUUCACAAUAGAAAGUUCGAACAACAGGCAAAGACUCUAAGGAAGACCUAAGGUGGUGGGAUGAGACAAGUUGGCGUCCUUUGUGCUACUACUUUAGUUGCAGUGCAAGAGAAUGUUGGAAAGCUCGAGAGUGAUCACAACAAUGCUAAGUUUUUAGCACUUAAACUUCUUGACUGGGGGGAAGAGAGCCACAGGACAGAGGCAGAAAUAGCGUCACUCAGAGCAGCUUUUACACAAGAAGUUGCUGUGUAGCACAAGCUCGAUCACCCUAAUGUAACAAAGUUCAUAGGUGCUACAAUGGGUACGUCUGAGCUAAACAUACAGACAGACACUGGUCACGUUGACAUGCCGAGAAAUGUUUGUUAUGUUGUUGUUGAAUAUCUUCCUGGGGGUGCACUGAAAUCUUUCCUUAUCAAAAACAGAAGAAGGAAACUAGCUUUCAAAGUAGUCAUUCAACUAGUACUUGAUCUUGCAAGAGGGUUGAGCUAUCUUCAUUCCAAGAAGAUUGUCCACAGAGAUGUGAAGACACAGAAUAUGCUUCUGGACAAGACUCGUACAAUUAAAAUAGUUGACUUUGGUGUUGCUCGUGUUGAGGCUUCAAAUCCUAAUGACAUGACUGGUGAAACUGGAACCCUCGGUUACAUGGCUCCUGAGGUUCUUAAUGGCAACCCAUAUAACAGGAAAUGCGAUGUAUAUAGUUUUGGUAUCUGCUUCUGGGAGAUAUACUGCUAUGACAUGCCGUAUCCUGACCUCAGCUUCUCAGAAGUGACAUCAGCUGUUGUCCGCCAGGAGUAAUAUUAUUAUUGGUUGAAACACAUUCUCACUUCAGCUAAAAUGGAUGAUGUGGUCAAUCAAUCUCACCAGGGAGAUUGGGCAGCUGAAGUGUGUUUCAGAUAUAUGAUUCAAUUUUUGAAGGUGAAGAUGACAAAUCAAUAGUCAUUUCCCAUAUCAAAGUUUUUGACAGUUGCUUGUUUCAUUUUCUUUAAUUGAAUUGGCUGAAUUGUAUUAUGUCCCGACAUAUAAUAGAUUUUCUUUUAAUUUUGCUUGUGUUCAUAUUAUUACGUUGCUUUCUUUGUUGUGAUAAUUCGAGAAAAAUUAGGUGAAUCCAUAUUAGUGUGCUUUCUAUUCCUUUUCAAUUUUUUUGGGCA